AUGGUCGUCGAGGAACGCUAUCGCAGGUCAGAGGCGGGCGGCGCGGGGCCAGAAGAGGUGCAGCCCGCGACCAAGGCGCCCGGCGCGGCCGCUGGUGCGGCCGCAGGGGCCGCGGCAGAGGACAGAAGGCGAGAGCAGGGGCAGGUGCAGGUGCCGCAGCAGGAGCAGGAGCAGGAGCCAGGUCAGCAGCACGGGCAGGAGCAGGAGCCAGGGCAACAUUGGCGGGAGCAGGAGCAAGACGAGGAGCAGGAGGAGGAGCAGGACGAGAAACAGGAGGAGGGUGCCGAUGUGUCGCCCGUAGGCCUGCAAACACAGCUGGCUGCUGAGUUGUGGGACGACGGGGCGGCGCUGCAAGAGGGAGGCAUCACCGCCGCGGAGGUGCGGGAUUCCGGGGCCGCGGCUGGGACGGAGUAG